AUGCAGCAAUACCCAUAAUUAGCUCCGGUAUAUGAAAAAUGCCCUAAACACGCUAUCAAUGACAUUGUGUUAUUUUGUCUACAUGAUUAAUGCAGAGAACCCUUAUGCAAAGAAUGUUGUAAAAUACAUAUUCAAUUGCAUAAUUUAUAAGGAACACCUGCGAAUAUUGAUACAGUUGAUAGUGUUAGAGAGAUGUUAUUUAGUGAUGUUCACAAUCUUAAGGUCAGAUUUGAAGAAGAAAGAGAAAUAUUACAUCAUUUUUCAGAUGGCGAAAAUUCUUAACUGAUUAAAUAAAUUCAUACGAAAGUAGAAUAAGUCAAGAAAAAUCUUCUUUAAUUGGUUAAUGAUUACUGUAAUUAAUUGGAAAAAGAAAUCUAAAAAAGAAUCCAUUAACAUAAGGCUGCACAUCCUGGAGAGAAAAAAGAAUUGCAUCACAAACUGAACACAGUUAUUACUUAAUUGGAUUCACAAGAGAGGGCACUUUUAUCACAAAAAUACAUCAAAGCUUGUUUAGUUGUGAUAUCUGAGGAGAAGAAUCAUGAUUUAGAAGGAUUAUCCCUUGAUAUUGACAAUGCAUUAAAACAUUACUUGGAUAAUAUGUUUGAUUUAUGCAUUCAUGAAGAUAAAUUACAAAAAAUUAGUGAUGCUUUGAAUGAAUAUGUUGAAAUUCAUUAAGUUAAUUUAGCGGAAGAAUUAGAAUAUUAUACUUAAUAAAUUAGAGAAAAAAAAAGGACUUCUGGAAUGCAAUAGUAAUAGUAUAAUUAGUAAUUGAAACAAAAUAAUGUAAAAUAAGAGAUCAAUCCUCCUAUUUCCCAAACAAUUCCUUAAAGCAAACUGAAUUAUUCUUCUAUUUAUGAUGCUCCUCAGUACUCAUAGAAUAUUCGUAAAAAUAAAUCCAUAUUUAACUUAAUAGAUUCUUCGCUUCAACAAUCCAGGGUGGGUCCAACAUCAUCUAAGAAUUAUGAAACUAGAUUGCAACAGAAUAAUGAAAAAUUGAAGUAAUUUUAUGGAUGA